AAAAUCGCAUUGCCCACCGACAAAGCUUCAUCCUCUCCACUUCAUCCAACGUGCCCCACCGAGCGCACUCGACUGUCUGCGACAAGAGAAAUUCUUCCAGCGAGCUCACCCUAAUACCACCUCCGUUCUGAAUUGGAUCUGCGACUUCGCGUUUGUGCAUGGCAGUACGGAGAGCCGUUAUACCUGCAUGAGGUCGAAUCCCCCCCUUGUUCAAUAAUCCGAAUCUACCACACCCAUAUAACACACUAAGAGGCCCCAGAAUGUCUUCAGGACUCACUAGAAGAAGAGGCGGUGGUGGAGGAGGUGGAGGAGCUGACGAUGAGAACGGAGAGUCGAGUCGCGUGGCUUCUCCAGUCCCCAAGGCUGGUGCCUCCCGCGACACGAGCGGGCCAGAAACCUCCUACGAAAGCGGCGAGAAUGGCCACAAGAUUGCGUUUGACCCAAGAGACAUUAGUGAGAGUGCUGAGCGGAGCAAGCAACCCAAGUUGACGCUCAUGGAGGAGGUGCUGCUGCUGGGAUUGAAAGAUAAGCAGGGAUACCUCUCGUUUUGGAACGACAAUAUUUCAUACGCUCUGCGGGGAUGCAUUGUGAUUGAGCUUGCGUUCAGGGGGCGCGUGAGUAUGCAGAAAGACUCCUCCCGAAGGAGGUUCCCCUUGGCCGAUCGAGUAAUUGAGGUUAUCGAUGACACACUUACUGGCGAAGUUCUCCUCGACGAGACUUUGAAAUUGAUGAAGGGUAGUGAGAAGAUGAGCGUUAGUUCAUGGAUUGACUUGUUGAGUGGAGAGACAUGGAAUCUCAUGAAGAUUGGAUACCAAUUGAAGCAAGUCCGGGAACGAUUGGCAAAGGGUCUGGUCGACAAAGGAAUCCUUCGAACUGAGAAGCGGAAUUUCCUCCUUUUCGAUAUGGCCACACAUCCUGUAGCCGAUGGUGGAGCAAAGGAAGAAAUUCGACGGAGAGUUCGAAAUGUCCUGACACAGAGAACUGUUGUCCUACCAGCGAGCCAAUUCCUCCCCGAAAACCUCGAAUUCAAAUACAUUCGUACAAUUGCCAUGGUAUGUGCAGCAUACGCUGCCAAUGUUCUCGAAAAUGCUCUGGCUACUUUGGGACAUGAGGCUAGAGAACGGGCAUUUGCGCAAGUGGAUGAGUUACUUGCGGAGUAUAGUCAAUGGCCGUUUGGAAAGAGGGCGGGAGGAGCUAGUGGUGUUGGUGCGAAUUUGGGCCAAGUCGUUGCCGAAGAAGUCAGCAAUGGCAAGGAUAAGGAGUUGCAGCUUGAGGUGGUUGCAGCAUGUCUUAGUGUCUUCACGAGACUGGAUUCUCUGCUAUGAAUGUGGAUGAGGACUUCGAUUGUCCGAGGGAACUUGCGGAGUAGAAAAACACUUCUAUCUUGUCUUAAUAGUGGACAAUCGUCCCCAAAAUACCAGAGCGAAUUUGCUACAUCUUCUUCCGGGACGAAACCGCGUGGAUUGAGUUGCCAGGUGUUCUUGACUAUUUGCAAGUUGGCGUCCUCGCCGAUUAGGGUUGCGCUUGGAAC